AUGUCUCUCGAACUUCAGAUAUCUAAGGUUAAACGGAUUACCAAGCUUGCGGCGCCCUCCCAUGUAAUCAAUAAGGACACUAUCCGAGCCAUUGCAUUUGUUGCCCAGCGUGUCACGGCCCAUGCCCUACAGUCGGCUAUACAGGAAUCGAAGCGGAACAAAAAGAAGAUAACCGGAUACGAGCAUUUAGCUGAUGCUGUGAUACACGCCCCUGGGUUGGCCUUCCUUCGUGACACCGUUCCCCAUCCCAUUCAACUGAAUAGGAAUGGAUAG